AAGAAGAAAAGAUGUGGAGUGGGCUGCUACCUUCUGGCCUAAAUGAAAGUGAUGUUGAGUCGAAUUCUGAAGAUGAAGCCACAUUAGAGGACUCUGGACUUAACUUACGGGAAGAUAAAGAGGAUGGAACCAUUAGAAAAACAGAAGUCUCAGAUUUUCCAACAGAUGGAUCAAAAACUGAAACAAAGGCAAAUGUAAAUGCGUAUGAAGAGUGCCCUUCUGGAAUUCCCUUAAAUAUGUGGAAUAAAUUUCAAGACUUGCACAAAAAACAUUCUGAACAGAAAAGUUCAACUUCAAGAUUCAGAAGGAAAAAAAGAAAACACUCCAGAAAAGAUAAAUCGAAGAAUGAAAAAGAAUCUCAUAGUGAACAGUCCUCAAAUGAAACCCAGUGGAAGGAACUUACUCAAUAUUUUGGAGUCAAUGAUAGAUUUGAACCCCCUGUUAAAAAGAAAAAAGUUGAGAAGUCAGGCCUUGAAAAGAGGAUAGACCAGGCUGUGGAAGAGUGGAAUAUUGAGAAGGCUGAGGAACUCAGCAACCAGCUAGCUACUCGAGAGCUUGGUGUAAAAAUUGCCAAAGCAAUUGCCUGCCACAACUUCGUAAAAGCCAAAAAGGAGGCUGAAAAUUCACAGGCUGCUCGAAAAAAGAAGAAACUUGCAUGGGGGUUUGAAGCAAAGAAGAGAUGGGAAACCAAAAGCAACAUGGGAUAUAUGUAACUUGUCGGAGUUCUUCAAGACAUGUGUAGACUCAAGUGCUCAAUUUACUGAAAAGAUCUUCCUGCUUAUGUUAAAUAUGUCAGGAAAUUGAAAAAAGUAGAAAAAAAUCAGCAUAAAAUUUGGGAGUUGAUUAUCA